UUCACCCUCCAAUCCGCCUCUCUCGAUGCCAGCCAGUACUGGCGGGCCUCCUUCAAGGCCCUGCUCUUCAGCCGCCAGCUCGUCGAGUACAUCGUGCUCGACAUCGAGGUGACGGAGGUCACCGUCAGGGGGUCCCUGGCCUAUGCCCAGGUCGCCCGGGUGUCCGAUUUCGGAAAGAACGACAACACCUUUACCGUCCGAACCCAUCUCGGCCACCUCUUGAAUCCCGGCGAUUAUGCCCUAGGUUACGACCUCCAUGGGGCCGAUAGCAACGAUCUCGAGAUUGACCUGCCAGAUGUGGUUCUGCUGAAGAAGAGCUACGAGGAGAAGCGCCGCAGCAGAAGUGGAAAGCCUUACAUCUCCAAGGGCAGAGCUGACGAGAAGAAGUUCUCAAGGGACGUGGAGGAGAAACCUGAGCUGAGGCUUGAUAUCCCGUUGCACCGCAACAAAGAUUAUCGGCCGUCGGAGAUGGCAUCGACGGCUGGCGGGGAUGAUGUUCCUUCCGUGCCUUUGGAGGAGCUGCUUGGCGAUCUUGAUCUGAGUGAUGAAGAGGAGGAAAAUGAUGAUGCUGGUAGCAUGAUGGAGUGAUUUGUCCGACCGCAUCCAUACCUGCUAAUAUGGCCUUCUUUUGUAUCACAGAUGUUUGUUUUUUUGCUCCCGAAGUUUUGAAAGUUGCGGAGUGUAGCUUCCAGAUGGUGUGGGUCCUAUGCUCCGAACUAGUUUUGUUUUGUUUUUUAGUACUCUCUGGGUUCAUCUUGUGGUAAUUUAUGUAAUGCACAAACCCGUUUUAUGAAGGUAAAAAGUUGUUUGUUG